AUGGCUGAGAAAGUGACGAAGACGAAGGGCAGUAGCAAAGUGGAGAAGAGGAGCAAGAAGGAGAAGAGCAGCAAGAAGGACAAGAAGGUCCACGAGAAGGCUGCUACACAAGCAUUCUCUUUACUCGCCCAAGACAAUGCCAUCGAUGCAAAAUUGUCAAGUCUAUUCGCAGUCACAACACCAAUCGCUCCGCCAAGAACCAUCCCAAGUCCAAAAGCAGUUGCGACAGCAGAGGUUGAAGAGGACGAUGACCCGGAUGUCGAAUUCGACGAGCAGGAAGCUAUCGAUGUAGACGACGAUGAUGUAUUACCUACGGUAAUAUCUGAUGAGCAGUCAGACCGCAAGCGGAAACGCAAGCGCAAGGAUGCCGAUGAAGACAUGGAAGCAGCAUAUAUGACCAAAUUGGCUCGUGAAGAGGAACGGGAGGCUGCGAAGCGACGGAAGCAGGAUGGUCUAGACGUUACAGCAGACGAACCUUCUGAAGGAAGUGCCGAAGCAGAAGAUCUCGACAAUGGUCCUGAACUUGGCGCUGAGCUAGUGCACAAGGACGAAGCAAGCGAUAACGACGAUGUCAUGGCGUCGCCACCGCCGAAGCACGAGACUUUACAAGCAGCCGACGACGAACUUUCGAAAGCCAAUCGUACAGUCUUCCUAGGCAACGUCUCGACUUCAGCAAUCUCAUCCAAGUCGGCGCGGAGAACACUAAUCAAACAUCUAGAGUCCUUUUUCAACGAUCUCAAGCAAGAACCAGGAGUCAAGCCGAAACUCGAGUCCCUGCGUUUCAGGUCAACGCCUUACGCCCCUUCCAUUCCAAAGAAGGCAGCCUACGCCCGCAAAGAAGUGAUGGACACAACAACAAAGUCCAGCAAUGCAUACGCAGUAUACUCUACCAAUCAGCUCGCUCGUGAAGCUGCGAAGCGACUCAAUGGGACAGUCGUACUUGAUCGCCAUCUGAGGGUAGAUGAGAUUGCUCAUCCAGCCAAAGUGGACAAUCGCCGCUGCGUCUUUGUAGGUAAUCUUGGCUUCGUGGACGAUGAGUCAAACAUUCAGCAAGCGAACGAGGAUGAAGGACGUGAAGUCCGCAAACGUGGCAAGGAGCCUGCCGAUGUGGAGGAAGGACUGUGGCGCACUUUCUCAAAAUGUGGGACAGUGGAAAGCGUCCGUGUGAUCAGAGACAGCACUACGCGUGUGGGGAAGGGUAUUGCGUACGUGCAAUUCGAGGACGAGAAUGCUGUCGAAGCAGCGCUGCUGUAUAAUGAGAAGAAGUUUCCGCCUAUGUUGCCUCGAAAGCUCAGAGUGAGUCGAGCCAAGGCUGUAAAGAGGAACGUCAAGCCCAAUUCCGGACGACCUACUACGCGAGAGCAGAAGUCUACGGGCUACCGGCGGAAAGUCUCCGGAGCAGAAUCUUCGCAAGCCGGACGUGUAGGCAAACUCUACGGUAAAGCUGCUGCGGCCACAGCAGCGAAUACCACCACAGUCGGUGUCAGGACACCUCGAUCGGAGCGGCCUGAGGGUGCAGUAGUGGUGAGUGGAGACAUCAGGCGGCCGGAGGAUUUCGUUUUCGAGGGCCAUCGGGCUUCGAGCAAGAGUGGGAAGUCGGGGUUGAAGCUUGGUGGGAAGAAAGGUGGUGGGGCCGCGAAGGGUAAGGGGAAGGCUGGGAAGCCGACGAAUAGAAGCGCGAAGAGAGGGGCUGCUUUCAAGGCUGGGGGGAAGAAGAAGGCGAGGACGUAG